AUGAAUCCUUUCUGUUGUGCUGUGCAGCGAGCAGCUGUGUCCCCUCCCAGAGAGCCUGUGAGGCAGCCCCCAGCAGUGCGAGAGAGGACCCUGUCCCGCAGUCAAGUGGUUGACAAGCAGGUCAUCACACGGACGAGUGGGCUGCAGUUGGGGGUGAUCUCCCAUUUCCUGGUGGACCCGCGCACAGUGACGGUGGUGUUCCUGGACUUGCGAGCAAAGGGGCUGGGGGGACAGGAGGUUGGAGUGGUGGAGCUGAGUGCGCUGACGCAGAUUGGGGAUGUGGUGCUUGUGCACGAUGAGAGUGCGCUGGAAGAUGACCUGAGGAGCAGGGGGCUCGUGAAGCUCGUGGGCUACUCUGUGCAGGCGUAUGACGGCACCCCGCUUGGCAAGGUGCGCGACUUCACGUUCAGCCCGGACAGCGGCCGAAUUACGCACCUGUCCUACGACACGUUCGGGCUGCCGACCAUCCCAGAGGCGCUGCUGAACGUGUACGAGAUUGACGCAGAGGCGGUGCUGGAGGUGCGCAGCGGCCUCGUGGUGCUCAAGCGCGGGGCCGAGCGCGCCGUCGUCCUGGUCAGCACCGGCCUCCUUGGCUACGCCCUCGAGAAGGCCAAGGACGUGUAUGACAUGGUGAAGGGGGAGGAUGGCGAAGAGGGCCAGCUGUACAUUGAGGGCAUGGAUGAGGCGUUCCUGGAGUGGAGGCGAUCCCAUGGGGCUGAGUGGGCGCGCUACUACGGCCUCCGGGAGCUACCCUCUAGCAGGGCACAGGUUGACAUGCUAACGCGCAGCAUGCAGAACGCGCUGCCGCCGCCACGGCAAACAGCAGAGCUGCUCAGGCGCGAGCCAGCUGCCCGCUCCAGCGCUGCUGCCACCAGGGACCCGCGGACGCGCAGAACGCCCUACAGCACUACAGAGCAGCGGCGGCCGGGCGCACGGCCAGCGCCGUCGCCGAUCGCGCCGCCGCGGCAGCAGGCGGCCAGCACGAGCGCGUCAGUGCCCAUCGUUGACAUGCGGCCCCCGCCGCCCUUCCGCCGACGCGAUGCCGACGGCCGCUUUGGGGAGACUCCCGCGGUUGUCCCUGCACAGCAGGUGAAGGAGGAGGUGUCCGGCUCCAGUGUACCCUUUGAUGAGUUUGUCGUCCGGGAGCCUGCGGCAGCAAGAGUGCGUCAGAUGGACGGCUAUGGUGACUUGGAACAGCCAGCCUACACACCCAGGGCUGAGCAGCCCACCGCCUCUGCGCGGGAAAUGUACCCUCAGGGGUAUGCACAGGAUCCAGCUGAGCCUCGCAGAGACAGCAGGGUACCAGUGCCAGAGGCAGAUGAGCGGUCUGACAGGAUGACAGCCAUCCGGAGAGACCUCAAUGACUGGCGGCUGCAGCGGGAUGAGUCUGGAGAGAUGUACCAAUACCGGGAUGCCAACAUCCCACGCAUGCGGCGGCACUAG